AUGGAUAUUGAUUACUAUAGUGUAUUAGGCAUAAAAAGAACCUCUUCCAAUUUUGAUAUACUAAACGCAUUUCGAAAAAUCAUACAUAAAUUUGGUAUGGAAAAAUUGAACGAAGAUGAAACAAAUUGUAGGCUUAUUGCAUUAGAAGCUUAUGACGUUCUUAGUGAUCCUUUUUGGCGUGCAAUGCAUGAUCAAUUUGGGGUUGAGGCCAUAAAAUUUGGCGUGUUUGAUGAUAAAAAAAAAGAUCUUAGACGGUAUUUGUAUCAUGGUGAUAUUUUUUUAACGUACAAGUCAAUUUAUGGAUCCACAAAUCCGUAUACUCAUAUAAUAUCCACGUUAUCAAGCAGGAAGGCAACUAUAAAUGUUGGUAUUAAAUUAGAGGUUAAAAAGAUUCCAAUUAACUUAACAUUGAACGAAAUAUUUUAUGGAGCAUUAAAAAAAAUUAAUAUCCCCGAAAGUGAUGGAAGAACACAGUGUAUUACUAGUCUAAAAAUAGCUAAAGGUUUACCGGUUAACAGUGAGAUUGUUCACAACUUAACAGAUGGAAGAACCGUAAUUUUUAUCACCAAUGAUUUACCACACAAACAUUUUGUGAGGAGAGGACACGAUUUGAUAAGCACUUAUACUGUAACUAUCGAAGAAAUGCUGUAUGGCGUUCAGUUCGUAGUACACACGUUAGAUAACAAACAACUGAGAGUGAAUAUCACACAAGUGAUAACGCCAUCAUAUCAAAAGAUAAUACGAGGUGAAGGAAUGCCAGUUUACGGAGACAAUUCUAAAAAGAGGGGUGACAUUAUACUGCAAUUUAAAAUUCAGAUUCCACGUGAUCACUCGUUAAUAAAAAAAAUGAUUUGCAAGACCCCGUCGGAAAUGGAAGAUUUUGGAUGUUAACAAAAAUGUCAGUGAAAAAAAUAUAGAGUGCAUUUACGAGAUAUCUCCGAUUAUUAAGAAUAUUUUUCAUAAUAAACAAAUUCCAACUAGUUUUUUAGGCUCAGAAGAUCACUUUUAGCUCCGUAAGCUUAAAAAUCAAAAUGAAUUGACCACCUAUAAAAUGUAAAGUUUCUCAAAUCAAACAAAUCGUAAAUAGUUGGAAGUCGAUCUCAAGUAGUUUUCAUACAAAUGUUCACAAACACUGUCGUUUUGCUGAUACGUUAGAGAUAAAAUAAG